AUGUUGCCGGAGUCAAGGACAGCGGUGGCGGAGGCGUUGAAGGGAGAAGGCCAGGAGCUGGUCGAUGGACCAGCACGCGGAAGCAGAGCAGAUCUGACAGAUCUGGAGCAGAGGGUCAGUGACGGGGCACUGGCGGCGAUGAAAGGUGGGAAGAUGAUGAUGCAGCAGCAGCUUCCAUGGCCUGACGUGAAGCUGAUGGUCGAGGAAAUCUCAUCUGCUAUGCAGUUGAGAAUAUCUCUCUUUUAUCAGAGAAAAUCUCUCUGUUAUCACUUCCUGUUCAACAUCAGCAAUCUCAAUAGUAUCGAUCUCUCCUUCAACCAGUUCCAAGGCCCGAUCUCUGGCUUUGGGAAUUUGGCUUCCCUUCAGAUUCUAGACCUGUCACAUAAUGGGAUCAGUGCAGACAUCUCGAAUUUUGACAAGCAGUUGUCUGGAUGUGUCAGAAACAGCUUGCAGGUAUUAAAUCUGGCGAACAAUGCUCUAGGUGGUGCAGUUCCUGAUUGGAUUGGGGAGCUCAGGAAUUUGAAGUCUCUGCAUCUUGAGGACAACUUGCUCUGUUGUCUCAUUCCUCCAUCUCUUGGAACCCUGUCGUCACUGAGCUUCCUCUACCUAGGCAACAUGUUACAGGGGCCAAUUCCUGAAUCUUUCGGGCAGCUCUCGGAGCUAAUCGUGUUGGAUGUCGGCUUCAAUCAACUCUCUGGCAUCGUCUCCGAUGUGCACUUCAGCAACGUAACAAAGUUAGAAGCUCUGCUCCUGUCUUCGAACUCGCUGGUUCUCAGAUUCAGCUCUAGUUGGCUUCCUCAGUUCCAGCUCAAGAACAUUCACCUGGGCUCCUGUGUUCUGGGACCGCAGUUCCCGGCAUGGCUGCGGACGCAGAGGAUGUUCUCGACGAUGGACAUGUCCGACGCCAACAUUUCUGCAGCCGUGCCAGAUUGGUUUUGGAACUCAUCAUCACGAGUCUACUAUUUUAAUCUCUCGCAUAAUCAUAUACGAGGCGUCAUUCCCGACACCUUCACGUUUAAGAACGCCGCCAUCAUCGAUCUCCAGUCGAACCAAUUCCAUGGCUCACUACCUCGCAUUGGCAAUGGGGUGCGUUACCUCUAUCUUUCAGACAAUUCCUUCUCCGGAGAUCUUCGUCCAAUACUCAAUAACGUGACUGAUUUGUGGAGCGUUUCGCUUUCGCGAAACCAUAUUUCUGGUACGAUUCCAUCGUCCAUCUGUGAGAUGCAGAUGUUGGAAGUGCUCGACUUAUCGAGUAAUCUCUUAUCAGGAGAAAUCCCUCGCUGCUCGAAAGUCACUACAGGAUUAGGAUUCUUUUCUGUCCUUAAUCUUGCGAACAACAACUUAUCGGGAACGAUUCCUCAAUGGAUUGGCACGGAGAGCUUCCUGGGAUCCUUGCACUUGAACAACAACAGUCUUCAUGGGGGUAUACCUUCUUUGGAGAAAUGCACUUACCUGUACAUCCUUGAUCUUGGAGAGAACAGCUUGAAGGGAAGCAUUCCACCAUGGAUCGGAGAAAGCCUAACACAUCUUAAGAUGCUUCGUCUUCGAUCGAACAUGCUCGGUGGAAUUAUUCCAGAUCAAUUAGGACUACUCUCCGAACUUCAAGUGUUGGAUCUUGCAGGGAACAAUUUUGCAGGAACAGUUCCUCACUGGAUUGCCAAUCUAAGUGCCAUGGUCUCAACAGAUAAGCGUAUCACUGAGUUCUUCGUUACGACUGCUUCAGGUAACACAGUGGACUACGUAGGGAUCGAGCUGACGGCAAUAUAUCAAGAGAGCUUGUUGGUGACCAUCAAAGGAAGAGACCUAGAAUACAGCAACACACUUUCUUUGGUGAUGUCCACGGACCUGUCUGCAAACGAUCUACAUGGACAAAUCCCGGAUAGCAUCACAGAUCUUGUUGGGUUGCAGAGCUUAAACUUAUCAGGUAACAGUUUGAAAGGAAGUAUUCCAAGGAAGAUUGGCAACCUGCAACAGCUAGAAUCUCUUGAUCUCUCGAAGAACCUACUCGAUGGGGAGAUCCCAUCGAGCAUUUCUGCGUUGAAUUAUCUGAGCUACUUGAACCUGUCAUAUAACAAACUAUCAGGGAGGAUUCCGGUGGGCAACCAGAUGCAGACUCUUACAGAUCCAACCAUAUAUGCCGGCAACCCUGAUCUCUGUGGAACACCAUUGACGAAGAAGUGCACAGGGGAUGAAGUACCAGGAUCUGAUGAACCAGUGUUGGAUACAAGAAACAGUGAUGAGUCUGAGACUCUAUGGUGUUUCAUUGGCAUGAUGAUAGGAUUUGUGGUUGGAUUCUGGACAUUUUGGGGCAUCCUGUCGUUGAAGAAGGCUUGGAGGAUUUCGUACUUUCGCUUGGUUGAUAAGAUAUCUUUCUCGGGGCUUUACUAUUGGGUGAGAAGCCGACAAAAAUGA